AUGUCGCAAGAGCCCCCUAUUAAUGUCAGCGCGUCUAGUCUCACCAUCGUCGUCAAUCGCCGUGAUCGCCAGUCAUUAAUGCGCCAGAGGAAGAAUCCGGACGAAAGAUUGCGCCAUUUGGAUGCCGUCUCGCCCACCCGCACACUGGAGCAGUGGUGGACCAAUACAAAGGGGAAAAUGGGGCUUUCCGAGGCCGUUGACGGGCAAUUUGUUUGUGCCGUCUGUCUGGAACAGGUGGACCGCUCCGAGGAAAUCAGAGAGUUGAAGUGCCUGCACGUCUUCCACCGAGAGUGUUUGGAAAAAUGGUACCUGGGCGAUCAUUACAACUGUCCUUUAUGCCAUCGACCCUAUUUUGUGGCGGACAAUCCCCCAAGAAACGACUAUGUGUGGAUGGUAUGA